AUGAGAGAGCAGAAGGGAGAGAAAGCUAAGUGUCUGAAUUGCCAAGUGAACGGUACUCUUCGAAUAACUGAUGAUGAUAAGGUAAUCUUGGUCCCAAAUUAUUGGAGAGAAAAGCUGAAAAGAGUGGUUCGACAAGGCUCAUGCCAGCCAGCUAGACAUGGUUUCGGGACGGUAAAACAGCUCAAAGGAGUUCUUUUCUUCGGCAGCACAUUUUGGAUCGCGGUUGUCAUUAUAGCAAACUUUGUUAACUACGAAUUAUCCAAAGAAAAACCGUCUUAUCUAACAACCGUCUGUCAAUCUGGAUUCAAAACAUGUGCUUUCGCGAAAAGCGGCGUCGUCAAGGAAAAGGUUCAUUUUUUCGGAGGGGUCAAAGAGUCAAUUGGUAAAAGAAAUGAAAUCGAUGUUAUGCAUCAGAAGAUUGGCCGACUUGAUGGUUGUAGAAUGAAUAGAUUGGAAAUAAAAUUGGUUGGAAGAUAUUCAGACCAAUCUUCUGUCGUUACAUUUCCAUUGGGUAAAAAUUCUAAGGCAUUAAUUUGCUUCCCAACUCUUCAACCAAUUGGUUAUACAUCAACAGACUGUGAGGUGUUUGACGGCUCAACUGUUUCACGCGAAAGAGGGACCAAUUUCAAACAUACGAGUACCUGCAUGGGUCUUUAUAAAAACCAACCAACCGUCGUUGGUUGCUGGGUUAGCCCUUCUGACGAGAAACAUUAUCCUCAUAGACUGGAUCCCGAUUGCAUAAGUGGUAAGGUAGAAACCCUAACUGCAAACGGAUGGAAAACUAUGACCGAUCACCCUGAAAAAGAACAAAACCAAGCUUGUGUUUCGACUGAGUCUGGAUUAAUUACCAUCGGAGGGACAAAAAACUAUGACGGCAAAGCAAUACCGAUUUUAACUGUCUUCAUUUUGAGGGAAGAAAUUUGGCAAACUAUCGGAAAACUGAAUGAGCCAUCGAUUAAAAAUGCGGCCAUGAUGGUCGGAAAUGAUAUUUUCGUAACGAGUGGGAAAUACUACUACAAUGAGCUUUAUCAUUAUUACAGGACGACAGAGAGACUCGAAUGGAAUGGAAAGAAUUUGACGAGCACGCUCAAACAAAGAGGAAAGCUUUGUUUCAGAGAUUUUCUAUCGAGAAACCGUUCAAAAAGAAUGACGAUCAACAACACCUCCGAUUACUGUAUCGAGCCCUCUCUGUACACAAUCAAAUCGAUCUUCAUCUUGGACAACGACGGCGAGCGCAUCGUCUCCCAGUACUACGACAAGGAGCUUUUUCCCACGGUCAAGGAGCAAAAAGAGUUCGAGAAGACAAUCUUCAAAAAGACUGCCAAGUCAGAUGCAGAAAUCGUCCUUCUCGAUGGAUUGACGAUCGUUUACAAGAGCAACGUUGAUUUGCUGUUUUACGUUAUUGGAUCUAGCAGCGAGAAUGAACUAUUACUCAACAGUGUGCUGAACUGCCUCUACGACUCAAUUUCCAUCCUCCUCCGCAAAAACGUCGAAAAACGCCAAAUGCUCAAGCAACUCGAUGGAGUCCUCCUUGCUGUCGAUGAAAUUUGCGAUGGAGGAAUUGUCAUGGAAAUGGAACCUCAAGCGGUCAUCGACAAAGUCGCCGUCGGACGAGAAGAUCUCCCACUGACAGAACAAACCGUUGCCCAAGUCUUCCAGUCCGCGAAAGAACAGAUCAAAUGGUCGCUUCUCAAGUGA